UACAAGGUGAGGGAUCAUUUGACCUCGCCCCAGCAGCAGGCAGCUACAACACAUAUCUCUCUAACAUGUCCAGGAAAGCUCUGCUGAUUUUGGAGGGUCUGCCGGACGACCUCGACCGCCUCCGACCCAAACUGGACCUGUACUUCAGAAACAAACGGCGGUCCGGUGGCGAAGUAUGCGAGAUCCAGGAUGACCCCGCGGACAAGAGAAAAGCCCUGCUGGUCUAUGACGACGAUGAAGCCCCGCAGAAGGUUUUGUCCAAAGGACCCCAUCAGAUUGACUUUAAGGGGCCGCUGGGAGUGGUGGAGCUCCGACUCUCACUGGCAGGAGAGCCGGACACUGGGGUGGAGGAGGAGAAAAAGAUCCACUUGUUGAACUCCGCGGCCAGUCAACCGGACGGAGAAAAGGCGUUACAGUCAGAAGUGGACUGUCAGGCUGGUUCAGCGCACCACGAGGGCCCAAAAGCAGACACGCUCUCGCUGCUCGUCACGAGUGAACACAAGAGAGAGUUCCUUGAGAUGUAUUUUGAACAGUUUGCGGCAGAACCCAGUCUGAUUAAACACGGGACGAAUACCUGGAUCCUCCAGCUGGCCAGUAAAGCAGACAUGGAGAAAGUCUGUGCCAAAGAAGGGCAUGGCUAUGGGAUCUCCACGGUGGUCUACACAGCCGAAGGACGGUUUGACCCUAGACGGUUUGUCCUGAGUGGCUUCGAUGACGGCUGCACCACGAGCUUCGUCUCUGUGUACAUCGGCAGCUGCAGCAGUGGGGCUGAGCACACCUGGGAGACCCUCGACGAUGGAGACAGGAUAGUGGUCACCUUCAAACAGGACAUUGAUGUAAGCCACUUCCUGAAGAGGUGUUCCACAAAGACGUUCGAGGACAGAGAGAUUGAGGCCCGUCGUCUGGAGUUCACCGACUCGGUUCUUGUCCAAGGAGACAUGAGCCAAAUCUCAGAAGACACCCUCCACCUGUACUUCUCUAAUAACAAAAGCAGAGGGGGCAAUGUCAAGUCCCUUACCUGGGUCAGCAUGAAUAGGAGCGUCGUCAUCACAUUUGAAGAGUGUCAUGUUGCGUACAGGGUGGCAGAUCACAAGCACACUCUCACCGGACAGCAACUUGUUGCUCAGCUUUUCUACUCCAACCUACUGAUGGUUUUGACGGGAAAAACAGCCAUCCAGCCAAAUAUUCCAACUACUACAGUCAUGGCUGUCAGUGCAGACCUCCUACGUUUUAUAAAUUUCAAUGAGACUUGCAACCAGGAAUUCAUGUUGGCACUCAAAAAGGUCAAUACGAGGGUAUCCGUAAAGAUGGACGCUGACCCUCCUCAGUUGGAACUGAGUUUCUCCAUGGAAGAACAGUCCCUGGGGAUGCUCCGGCAGGGCCAUUCCUGGCAAAAAUAUGCUCUGAGGGAGGCUCAGGCGCAGUUGGAGAGAUACAUGGAGGAUCGGAUACCUACGGAGGUGGAGGCUUGGAGGGAAAUUGAGGCUAGUUGCCUUGAGCUCAGCACUGCCAAUGCCCUUAUCUCGUUUGAGAGCUGCACAUCUGAAAUAGUGGUGGUUGGGUUUAAAGCUGAUGUGAAAAUAGUUCUACAUACUAUAAAAAGUAUGGUGGAAAAGGCAAGUGAUGAGCUCCAAAUAAAGAGAGACACAACAGAGAAAAAAAUUUGCCUGAACUCUAAGGAAGAACUGGAGCUCAUCUGCAAUCUUGUCUCCGACAAAAUAAUAGAUGACGUGGUACUGUCCAAAGAUGAGAAAACCUUUACCAUAUAUCUGAAGGGCCUAAGGAAUAAGGUGAACACAGUUGAAGGGCUCCUCAAAGAAGUCCAAAAUAAUGUAGUUUCCUCAAAGCUUGAUCUCUCCCCUCACAUGACGAAGUUCAUGAAGUCACUUGACUUGAAGAAAUUCCACAAUGACCACUUCACUCAAAACAACAUCAUGGCUGUAUUGCUUCCUGUUGAGCAGUCCUUUCAGAUCCUCGCUGACAAGGCUGAUGUCCACAGAGCUGAGGACAAACUCAGUGAAGUCAUCGAGGUUCAAGUAAUUGAAUUGUCUACAGACCAAGUCAAUGUCACCAGGGGUCAACAAUGGAAACAGUAUUUCUACGCACUCAAAGAGGAUCUUAAAUCCAGCCAGAACCAUGAAAGUGUUAUCAUCACAUUAUCAGAUGAUGAGAUUAACGUUUGCGGAUUCUCCUAUGUAGUAUCAGAUGUGGUAAGCAAGGUGAGGGAAUACUUGCAAAACAAGAAGCCAGUAACCAUAGACAUCCCAUUGAAAUCGGUGCUGGAGGUGAACUUUAUCAAGUCUUGCAUGAAGUUCUCAGAUGACCCCGACUUCAAGGCUUUGGGUGCCAAAGUGUUGUACUGCAAAACUCCAGGAUUGCCCUGCCUAAAGGUCACAGCAGCCAGUGACCAAAUCAAACAGGCUACAGAUAUGGUGACACUCAAGAAAAGUAAAAUAAUAACAGAGAAGCUAAUUUACUUGAAAGCUGGAGAGGCAAAGAUCCUGGAGAAAAAUCAACUGAUCCUAAUGGCCCAGGCCAAUUUGUUGGGUUGUGAUCUCUCUCUAUCACAAUCAACAACUGUUAACAAUCAACAAUACAGCUAUAAACUGUCCGUUGGUGUCACAUUGACCCUUGGUCAGGGUGAUAUUUCCCAGUACACCUCAGAUGCUUUGGUCUGCCCACUAAGCAGCCUGUCAUUUGACAACCCCAUUGCACAACAGUUCCUACAGUUUGGUGGGCCAGAAAUUAAGAGGGUGGUUAACAAGUUACAGAAAGAGAAACAGAGUCUUGUGGCAGGGAAUGCAGUCUUAACUGACCCUGGCAGUCUCAAAUCCAAGAAGCUGAUAUACGCUAUUGUCCCUGUUCAGACAAAGGAUUCUUCAUCUCUUAACAGAACCUGCCUACAAGCAGUGGUCCGAGAGAGUCUUGUGAAAGCAGCCAACCAUAAGUGUGUUUCAAUAGCCAUGCCAGCACUGGGAUGCGGUACCUUUGGGUUUCCUGUGAAGGAGAGCUGCCAAGCCAUGAUUAAUGGAAUCCUAAACAUUGUCUCUUUGGGUCAUACAACCUUGACAAACAUUUAUAUGAUUGACUCUGAUGCCACUGUAGUAACAGAAUUCAAAUCAGCUAUUGAGGGAUCAGGUUAUGAGCAAACGGUUGGGCCAAGCGUAUCACCAGCAACUGAAACCUCACGUGGCACCUCAGCUCCAUUACUUGCACCAAAACCAACAUCAAGUAGUAAAGUGAUUGGAGGAGUUUCUGUGUUUCUGAAGAAAGGAGACAUUACUAAGGAGACGGUGGAUGUUAUUGUGAAUUCAACCAACAUGAAUCUAAAUCUUAACACCGGUGUAUCUGGAGCCAUCCUUGAAGCCGCAGGAGCAUUUGUUAAGGAAGAAUGCAAGCAACAUGGAACCCAGAGGGCUGAUGGUGUUGUGCUCACAGGUGGUGGCCGGCUGGCCUGUAAACACAUUGCUCACAUGGUUGGACCUAAAAACGCUGCUGAUAUUGCUACUUCCAUAGAGAAAGUCCUUCAGCUGUGUGAGAGUAAAAUGGCUACCACGAUAGCUAUUCCUACAAUUGGCACAGGAAAAGGUGGCAUUGACCUGAAGAACUCAACCAAGGCCAUUCUGAAGGGUCUGAAAAACCAUUUAUCACAGACGGCUUCCUCUUGUCUUAAAAGGCUCUUCUUAGUGGCCUUUGAAGACCAGGUUUUAGCCUCCAUGAAGGAUUAUUUCAACAAAAUUAACAGGCCAAAGAAAAAAAGCCAGGCGACAGCCGCAUCAGCAGGCACCCACCCCAGUCCUCACCCAAAACAAGUGAGGAUCCACGGUGUAUGGGUUGAAGUGAGGAAAGGAGACAUAACUAAGGAAAGUGUCAAAUGCAUUGUAAAUACCACUACUGCUGACAUCCAUUCACGAGGUGUCUCUGCUGCCAUUUUAAGAGAAGCAGGAAGCACAGUUCAGCAAGAGUGCCAAAAAAUCUGGCCCCUGAAAGGCAAUGACGCUGCAGUGACCAGUGCUGGAGCCCUACAGUGUGACUUCAUCAUCCAUAUACGUGGGCCUCACUCUGUAGCCAAGGCCACUGUUCGAGUCAUGAAAGUGCUGGAACGCUGUGAGGAGAAAAACAUCACCACCGUGUCUUUCCCCGCAAUUGGAGCUGGUGGUGGGGGUCUGUCCAGCUCAGAGUCUAUUGGCGGCAUACUGCAGGGCAUCAAAUACCAUCUAUCAAAGCGGGCCUCCAGUGUCCUAAGACUUAUCUACAUCGUCAUUAAUUAUGACAAAAACCUACAGGAAUAUCUGCAAGGCCUCAAGCAGUGGAACUCAAAUGAGGAAAUGCCGAACGAUACGGAUGAAGAUAGUGAUGAGUCCACAUCCUCAGAGGAAUACGAUGACACCUGGGGUCAGACACCAAACCCAAGUGAGGCCCUGGUAGGACCACUGAGAGUCAGGGUGAUUUGUGGUGACAUCACCAAAGAAAAAACGGAUGCGGUUGUCAGCAGCACCAACACCAGCCUCAAUCGACGUUCAGGUGUGUCAGGAGCCAUCCUAAAAGCAGCUGGACACACAGUGGUUGAUGAGUGCGAAAUUCUCGGAACUCAACCCAAAGAUGGCGUCGUCAUCACCAAACCUGGCAACCUCACAACAAGGCACAUCAUUCACAUGGUGGGCCCGACUGAGGAGAAGGCCAUCACCAACUCUAUGCUCAAAGUCCUAAAGAUGUGCGAGGACCACAAACUCCAGUCUGUCUCUUUCCCGGCACUGGGCACAGGUGCUGGAAACCUGAAGACACCGGAGGUUGGAAAUGCAAUGGUCACUGCAAUUGAACAUUUCUUAACAAUGACCAAAACACCAUCACUUACAGCUAUUCACCUUGUCAUAUUCCAACCGGAGAUGAUGAAGAGUUUCCAGGAAGUGCUGAAAAAAAUGAAGAAACCGACUCCUAAGCCAGCUGCAACCAGUAAGAUGUGUAAAUUCCCCAAUAUGCCGGGUGCAACGCAGAGCACCUCCGCCGUCUCUCCCAUCCAACACCCUGUCCUGUGUUUAGCCAGUGCCUGCAAAGCAGUGUCCUUCCCCGCAAUGCACGCUGAGGUGCUCGGGUGCUCAGUCACCAACCUGGCCCAAAUGAAGAAGAUGAUGGACAACCAGAUCUCCCAAGAGUACCACAGUGUGGAACUGCCCUCUAGCCAGUUUCCCCUCCUCUUGGAGGCAGAGAAGCGGACAAUCGUGGAGCUGAGCCAGAAGAACCAGGUGUGUGUCCUUUUGUCUACCCGGGACAAGGCCACCAUCUCGGGGAAGAGAGAUGAUGUUCUGGACAUGGUCGUGCAGAUUAAGACCUUACUGGAGGAGGCGGAAAAAAGGGAGAGAAGGAAGGAAGAGGUGAGGCGGCUGCAGGAGACAGUGCGUUGGGAGGUCAGGGAAGGUGAGACCUGGCAAGAGCUGGACAAGAGUGUCAGUGUGGACUUGGAGCACGCCUGGCUAGAUAAACGGGCUAGCGUUAACUACAAACACCAGGGGAAGAUGUACACUGUAGACCUAAAGACCAUGCAGCGCAGAGACCACAAAGGAACCAUCACAACUAUCAACAGAACUCUAAAAACAAAUUCUGACACAGUUGUAAUUCGGCCCCCACCAACUUGGACCAGAAUGGACAACAAACAAUUGGACAUAGUGGACCUGGAUCCAACCUCAGAGGAAUAUAAGAAAGUUGAGAAAAAAAUCAUUCAGACGUCAAGAACUCCAAACUUUGUUACUCAAUCUACCAUUAAAGUAGUCAAGAUCCAAAGGAUUCAGAAUAAAGGCCUGUGGCAGAUGUAUGCAGUGAAGAAGCAAGCACUGGAUAAGAAACAUCCCACGAACAAGAAUGAGAUGAACCUCUACCACGGCACCACUGCAGAGAUCUGCCAGAGAAUCAACACAAACGGCUUCAACAGGAGCUUCUGUGGGAGAAAUGCCAGUUCGUACGGAGAGGGAACCUACUUCGCCAAGGAAUCGUGGUACUCCUGCCAGGACAGUUACUCGGACCCGGACGCGAGCGGCUUGAAGCACGUGUACCAGGCACGGGUCCUGGUGGGCAGAGUGUGCAAGGGGGUUGCCGGGAUGAAGGAGCCAAAGCCGCUGGACCCCAGAGACCCACUCGCCGGCCUGCACGACUGUGCUGUAGACAACCCGCACUGCCCCUUCAUCUACGUGGUGUUCUGCGAUGCCGGGGCUUACCCGGAAUACCUCAUCAGCUUCAAGACUUCAUGAGAGAGAUGUCGGGGCGCCAGGAGAAAAUGAAACACUGCUCCUUUGCCUUUCUCAACUCAGUCUUUUUUUUAUAUACUAAAUAUUCUUUGAUAUGUUGAUAAUGUGAUGACACGUAAUAAUCGGUGCUCAAGUUGCACACACAAGUGCCCUUAAUGAUUUAUUUUUAGCAACGAGUAUGACUGGUGUUAAUUCUGAUUUUGCUGCUUAUUGUUCUGGGUUGGGGUUUUUUUCUUUUUCCCCCCACAAUUGUACUUGGCGAAUUACCCCCACUCUUCGAGCCGUCCCGGUCGCUGCUCCAUCCCCAAUGCCGAUCCACAGAGGGCUGCAGACUACCACAUGCCUCCUCUCAUACAUGUGGAGUCACCAGCCGCUUCUUUUCACCUGACAGUGAGGAGUUUCGCCAGGGGGAUAUAGCGCGUGGGAGGAUCACGUUAUUCCCCAGCCCCCCCCCCGAACAGGCGCCCCGAUCGACCAGAGGAGGCGCUAGUGCAGCGACUAGGACACAUACCCACACCCGGCUUCCCACCCGCAGACAUGGCCAAUUGUGUCUGUAGGGACACCCGACCAAGCCGGAGGUAACAUGGGGAUUCGAACCGCCGAUCGCUGUGUUGGUAGGCAACGGAGUAGACCGCUACGCUAUGCUACCUUAGUGUUAAUGGACAAAUGAAUUUGUUGACAAACUGAGGAAUUACAGAAUGAUUUCGAUUGCCCAUGAAGAAUUUUAUAAAUAUGAAAUGAGCUUCUUUAGAAGUUUUUGAAAGAAACUACACAGGGUACAGCUUAACCCUCGUACCCAUUUCUAAUAAACCUUCAGUAUUGAUAUUUUUAAUACUUGAGAUGAAGAUAGGCAUUUUAAAAUACAUUUUACUGUUGUAUUGCUAUAAAAUCGACAAAUGGCCUGAGUCAACGUAACCGGCAAAUAGUGAACACAACAUGAGAGUUGUGUGAGAUGACAUGAGAGUCCAGAGGGAGCUGGGAGUAGAGCCGCUGCUCCUUCGCGUUGAAAGGAGCCAGUUGAGGUGGUUCGGGCAUCUGAUUAUGAUGUCUCCUGAGGUUUUCCGGGCACGGCCAAGGAAAGGAGAAGGAGACCCCGGGGUAGACCCAAAACUCGCUGGAGGGACUACAUGUCCAAUCUGGCCUGGGA